AGAUCUUCGUUGCAAAGCUUCAACACAAGCGCCUUCACAAUGUUGCUAUGUUGUUGUACAGCUUUAGGUUGAGUGUUUCAUUUUUACAAAUGAACAGGCCGCUUCACAUAGCAUAGCAUAUCACAUGCCCCACGCAUUUGUGAUAUCCAUGGGGGUGGUGGCAGUUCGUGAUAAGUUGACGAGGUUGUGGAGAUAGUUAGCGCCAAUCCCGGCAACCUUGGCGCCAUCUAUAGAUGGAACUUGAGAGCGAAGCCACCCCAGGACGGGGCCCCUUCUUCAGGGCAAGAAGCCGCCCCUCCGAGCCCUCCCCCGCCGCUCCCCUCUUCUCCUUCCCAACACCCGUUCAGACUGAGCCGGAGGAUGACUUGCUCUCUGAGGACGGGCACCAGUACUCCCCCUCCGCAAUCACCGAGCGACCGGAGCUUCGCCGGGCUGGCCGCCGGGGGCGCAAGAGCACUGGCUUCGGCGCUUUGAUCGGUUCAGGGGGAGAGGAGGACAUGUCUGUGUCUCCGGAACCUGAGCGGGCCAGGGAGUUUCGGGCUGGGGACUCUGUAGUGCCAUUCGAAGGCUGGAGGGGAGCUGACGGAGGGCAGCGAACGCCAGGCAAUGCCGCCCCCUGGCAUGGAGACGAUCAUAAAGAGGCCCCCAGCCAACAAGGCACUGCUCGGAAGACCUCUUCUGAGGUGGCGGUCGUCCGGCACAGGGACGGAGCGCAGCACCAGAGCAGUCGGAAUGCCUCCAAGCACAGAGUGCGCAGCGACAAUGCGCCGGAGGCAUAUGCUGCGCUCCUUCGGCCUGCGCUGAGGGGCGAUGCAGAGUUUGCAAGCGUCCUGGGGGGACUGCACGACCUGGCACAGGACCUGGCGGACCGGAGGGGGGAGAUGGCGGCUGCGCAAACAAGGUCCAUCGAACGCCACCUCCUCGAGCACAAGUCCCGCGUGCUCCAAUCCGAGGCCGCCACCUGGAGCCUCGUGUGGCACCUGCUGGGCAAGCCGCUGCAGGAGAUGCUCUCAGCGGGCCUUUUGCCGCCCACCUCGCAGCAGGAGGCGUGUGAAUACGCCCUGCAAGACGCGCGCGCGCAGGCGUGCAUGCGGGUGGUGCAGUGGCUGGAGGACCUGGCGGGGCAGCAGGUGGACCGGGACGAGAAACGGCAUGGGGGGUACGCCGGGCUGCUGCGCCACAGCCAGGGGGUCUGGGUGCGCACCGCACAGGCACUCAAAUCCUCCCAGCGCCCCCCCUCCAACCUGGUCUCACACGUCGACCCCGACGCCCCCACCCGCGAGAACCUCAGGCUGCACCCCCAGGACUCGGAAGACGAGGAACUUCUGAUGCGGGGGGUCUGGACGCUGCUCAAAGCCGGACGCCUUUCGGACGCACGUCAGCUGUGCCGAGAUGUCGGACAGGCGUGGCGGGCCGCCAGUCUAGGGGGCACAGGGGAUGCCGGGCCGGUGCCGUCGGUGGAGGGGUUUAGGGGUUUGACGGGAACGAAGCGGGCGAGAGAGGAGCAGGCGGCGGAGAUUGAGGCGGGGCGGGGGCGCCAGCGGCGCUUGUGGAAGUGGACGUGCUUCUUGGCGUCUGAAAAGGUGGGUGGCGAGGGCGGCGAGUCCAAGUACGAGGCCGCCGUCUACGGCGCCCUCUCCGCCAACACCUCCAAAAUGCUCCCGGUCUGCGACACCUGGGAGGCUGCCUGCUGGGCCCUGUUCCGGGGUUGGCUUGACUCGCAAGUAGACUCAGCACUGGCUGACGCGCACGCAGCAGAGGGCCUCACAGGGCCUUCUCCUUCUCCUGAUGAGCUAAGCGGGAGCCAAGAGAAACGGAGUGCAAUCGCGGAGGCGUACAAGAACUCGUCGGCGGCGGGGGGGUGGCCGGCGCCGGUGCUGGCACAGCAGCCGCAGAGCUUUCCGGAGGUGUUCGAACGGCUGCAGACAAGUCCUCAGCUCCCGGAUUCGGUCCAGCGGGCGGGCAAGGAUCAGCAGCGGAUGAUCCAAACGCUGAUCAUUCUCCACCGCUGGGGGGAGCUCGUGGACUGCCUCAAGCAUUGGGUCGUCACCCCCACCGCGGAAACGGGCAGGCCCCGUAGCCAGCCGGAGUUCAUCCGGUUCGCGGCCCAUCUAGUGCUGGCGCUACGGAAGGUGCUGCCGCCCGACGAGGACCUUUUCCAGGAGGACCUCCAGCGCACCUGCAACGUCAUCAUCAACAUGUAUGCGGUGCAACUGGUGGCUGAGCAGCAGGAGCACUUGGUGGCCCUCUACGCAGCGCAGCUGGUGGCGUUUGCGCGAGUCGACCUGUACGCGAAUCUGCUGGAUAUGAAACAGGGGGCCGGAUUGGAGGUGAAGCAACGGAUCUUCGAGGGGGCGCUGCAGGAGCUUGACUUCAGCGGAGAGGGCUCCGUGUGCCAAAUACUGGACAGAGUCUUGGUCGAGUCACGUGCUGACCAGGAUCCCCCAGAAGGUGUUCCCGCUGCCGAACAUUUGUCGUUGGAGGCAUUCCGCCGGACCCGCGCCAUGGACUGGCUCUUCCUGCCGGUUCCGGUGCAAUGGGCGGAAUGCCGGCCGGAACUCACGGCGAAGGCCCUGCUGCACGGCAAUAUCAUCCUGCGCGAGCUAGCGCUCGCCUCGGCUCAAGACUGGAGCCCCGCAGCCCCAGGCACCGCACGGGCCGCCGCCGGACUCCUGGAGCACCUUUCGGACGCUGCUUUGUCGCCGACCGAAGAGCUGGCCGCCGUCCGAAUGGUGGAUGCGGACACUUUGGAGGCGGCGCUGCUGGAAAAGCGGGAGUGGGAACGCUACUUCCGGUGCGACGGCCUCCUCAGGCGAUGGGCCCUUCUCGACGAGGCAAACCGGCGCAUCGGGGCGGGGCAGCUCACACCGGAAGAGGCACACGAGGCGCGGCAAUUGGCUGAGCAGGCGAUACAAGGAGUGCAGGAGAUUCUGGAUGGCUGGCUGUCCGAAGCGGAGCUGGACGCGCCGAGCCCCGUCGGGGUGACGUCCGAAGAAGUUGAGAUGACUGCGGCUCUGGUUGGGAAGGAUGGGAAGCUCGAGCCAGCGGGCCGAGCCGAGUGCAGUGCCGUACACGAUGCGAUCAUGGCGCUCGUCGAAGAGGGGGCCGCAGAGGGUAACGACAUUCAGGUUAACGUAAACCCCCUCCCUGGGAACACCGGGCUGCUGAAGCUGCGAGCGUCUCGGGACGUGUCGGAACAUGGAGAUGCGGAUGGCGCCGUCCUAGUUCGACUGUUGGCAGCCGCAGUCAGCGGCGGCCUUCCCCCUCCAGCCCACCAGCUCCUCCUUCGGCCCUCCCGCAUCGACGCCCGGUUUCUUUUCGGGGGGGACGUGGGCCCCGUCGAGGCGCCCCCCCUCCUGCGAAGCCUCUGCCGGCACUGCUGCAUCCCGUCGCUCGCGCUGCGCGCCAUGCACGCGCGGAUUUACCUCGCAGGAUUUGAAGGGUUUAGGAUCGACGAGGCCGCGACCGACGUGGUGCAAGUGAUCGCAACGAGGGGAGCGGCGGAGCUCUUCGCACAGGAGCAGCUGCAGGAGAUCCUCCACUUGGAACGAGAGGCCACCCUGCGAAGCAUGGAUAGAAAGGAACGGUUCUCUCAAAGAGAGUGAGGAGGUAGCUAUUGCAAAAUGGACAAGCGCACUCAGAAGACCUAGUCAGAGUAAAACGUUCAGAUGAGUCGUUAGGGCGAUGCCCUGAAAACAGGCGAGCCAUGAACGUCAGGAGUAAAUUCGUCCACUUGACCAAAACAAGUUGUCGGAUGCAAUGUAGAGCCGGCUUUUGUCGUUUUAGUUGGGAAUGAUUUCACGUCAUUGAAUGACUCGUACCGCAUAUCGCCU